AUGUCACAAUUGGAGAGCACGUUAGGAGACAGCCAACAACCUCUGCUUCAAUCCAUCAAAUCGUAUUCGCUCCACAUCCUAGUAGCCAUAAUCGUUACCCUGUUCCUCUUCGAAAUCACCGUUCGCCUACCCUUCCUCCUCGCACUCACCUUCGCGAUCCCCUACGUCCACAUGAUGCUCACUCCAGAGAAGCCCACGCUAAACUCUGCGUCGUAUGAGAGUGAUUCAGAGGAAGGUCUUUGCCGUCGCUCAUCCACCUUCUCAAUUGUCCCCGGCGAACCUAUUGCCCAGCAAAAAGCUCCAGCAACAUUGGGCCCAAUCAACAUCACCUUCCCCGGAUUGACUCUCUUCUUGCCAUCGACAUGGUUUCCAAGCGCGACAGACCCAGGACGACGUAGAAGACAAUGCUUGCACACCACGUACCGCGAGUCUGCAUACCAACCCCGACGCACAUUCCGCGAGGCAUUGGAAGACACUGGACCCAGGCUGCUGAGAAGGUGCGGUGCGUUUGCACUUGAGACUUUGUGCUUUCAGAUUACUUCUCGGCUUAUGAUGCGUAUGGCACAGGUUGCAUACGAAGCUAUGUCUGGAGAAGAGAUCAACGACAAUUUCGUGCAUAUGUAUGUUAUGCACGUUUUGCGCUUCUAUAAAGACUGGACUGUGGGCCUCAGCUCUAUUACUUGGUUUAUUGUGAAGAGGAUUGUUGGGAAGACAUUGCUGUCGCUGGGGAAACAGACUGUGAUGGCCGCUGGCGGCGUGAAGGAUACAAGAUUGGAAUAUGAAGAUGCGAACACAGUGCAGUUCUGA